CUCGACGCCCUAAAAAGCUUCAACCGCUCUCGUCUUCUUCUGGAACCUUCUUCUCCGUCACAUUCGUCGCCGUCAGUUCGUUACCGAUUGUGUCAAUGGAGUUCUGGGGUGUUGAGGUUAAGAGUGGUGAGCCACUUAGGAUUGAUCCUGGAGAGGAUAUGCUUGUGCACAUCUCACAGGUUGCAUUAGGUGAGAAGAAGAACGGUGUGAACGAGCCAGUGAGGCUCUACAUGAAAGUUGAUGAUCAAAAGCUUGUGAUUGGGACGCUGUCACAUGAUAAGUUUCCUCAGCUGUGCACAGAGAUUGUGUUGGAAAAGAGUUUUGAGCUGUCUCAUAGUGGGAAGGAUGGAAGUGUUUACUUCACUGGUUACAAAGUUGAUGCUCAUGCUUCUGAUUCUGAGUCUGAGGACGAUGAACUUGCUGCGCCAGUUAUUGCGAAAUCAGGUGUGAAACAGGUGAACUUUCAGUUGCCUAAUGAAGAUGCCAAGGCUGAGGAAGAUGGUGAUGAGGAUGAUAGUGAUGAUGAGGAUGAUGACGACUCUGAAGAUGAGGAGGAAGAAAAGAAGGUUACUGCUGAAGUUGAUGAGGACGAUGAUGAUGAAGACUCAUCUGACGAUGAAGAAGAUGACUCAUCAGACGAGGAGACCCCACAGAAGAAGGCUGAAGAAACCAAGAAGAGGACUGCAGAAGCCAACACCUCGAAGACUGCUUCAAACAAGAAGGCCAAAUUCGUAACUCCUCAGAAAUCAGAGACGAAUAAACCACAUGUCCACGUUGCGACUCCGCAUCCAUCCAAGCAAGGAGGAAAGAACUCAGGGACCAAUGGAGAGUCUUCGAAGCAGCAGCAGACCCCAAAGUCUGCAGGUGCAUUUGGGUGCAACUCGUGCAACAGAACUUUCAAUUCGGAGAUGGGCUUGCAGUCUCACACAAAGGCCAAACACAGUGCAGCUGCUUGAAAUCUGUUGAAGAAGCAAGAAGAGACUUAUCCAUAAUCGUCUUUAGACUUUUGAUGUAGUUUGGUUUUAAAACCUCGAGUUUGGGAGUGAACCUGUUUAGUUAUCUUUUUCCUAAUCGUCAUGGGUAGACGAAACUUCGUUAAACCCUUUAUGUUUGGUGCUAAUAUGGUGGAUAUGAUAUUAAGUUGCCUUUUGUUGUGAAAGCAAAAAUUAUUUAGCCAA